ACAAGUAGAGGAUGGUAAGUGCUUUACAGCAGAAAGAGACUUGGGACCAGCAGAAAAAUCUUGUGUUUAUAGGAUGUGUUCCAUUCGAUGAGACGGGCCGUAGAACCAGCGCUAUGAAGAGCACCAAUUGGGAUGCGUCUGUCCUCCACUCUGGAAAAUGGGACAGGGUCCGCUCCUGCUGAGGACGUCCUGGGUGAAGGAGGGCAUGGAGAACAGCCCCGAGAUACUACAGGUUUGGGAACCAGUGUGUCCAGUGCGCGGGCUCGCUGUAAGUGAGCCCACAACGGUUUGGCGCAACGUGGCCCAUCCUGCUCUUCUGAAUCGGCAUCGGGACCUGUCCUGGAUGGUCGCCCACGAGAUCCUCCCGGUCAGGGCCGUUAUGCACUCACGGGGGCAUGGCGAGGACAUCCGCGUGCCCCGACCAGGCUGCGGCCAAGAAGAGUCGGUGAGGCACAUGCUCUGGGAGUGCAGAGCCGCCAGGGACCUGUGGAAGGAAGCAGGCUCCCUGAUCACCUCAUGUCUGCCAGCAGGGAAGGACCUAACACCUCAGCUCGUGCUGUACGGGGUGGGCCGAAGGCCCAUUCCACCGAAGGCCUUCACCAAGUUCUGGCCCACCCUCACGUGCCUGAAGGAAGCACUGUGGUCCUCCCGCAACCUGCUGGUAGCAAAAAAACGUAGAGACCACCCCCCAGGCAGUGGCCAUGGUAGCCACGGAAGCCCUGGGGUGGUACGGAAGGAAGGGGGCCUCGACCCCAGGUGAAGGGUCCCCCACAACACCCCAGGUCCCGGCGGCCACGGCUGACAGCGCUGCGGCGCC